UCUCUCUCUCUCUCGCUCUCUCUCGGCUCUGAAACUCCUUUUCUCUCUCCAAAAUUACCUAAUGAAAAGCAACGCUCGUUCGAUUCUCAUGCUGCAAAACCCUAACCCCAACCCUAACUCUAACUAUCCAGACAGCCAGUCACAGUGAAUUAUCCCACUUCUCGCAAUGGACGCUGAGAGGUUCGAACUCUCAAACCCUAGAAUUCUUAAUAAGCCAAUGGCGGACGACGUCGUGGCACAAAAGCCUGCACUACCGCAAGUUGUCGAUCGAUUCAAGGCCAUGGUGAAGGAGAGAGAAGAGGAAAUUGGGAUUUUGAAUCCAAACGACGACGUCUCUGGGCUGAGUACCGAUGAAAUUGUGCGGCUCUAUGAGAUGGUGCUAUCAGAAUUGACGUUUAAUUCGAAGCCCAUUAUUACAGACUUAACAAUUAUUGCUGGUGAGCAGAGAGAGCAUGCUGAGAGCAUUGCCGAUGCUAUUUGUGCUCGAAUUCUCGAGGCCCCAGUUGAGCAAAAACUGCCUUCUUUAUAUCUGCUGGAUAGUAUUGUCAAGAAUAUUGGCAGGGUGUAUGCCAGAUACUUCUCUGUCCAUUUGCCUGAGGUUUUCUGUGAGGCAUACAGGCAAGUGCACCCUAAUCUUCAUCCUGCUAUGCGCCACCUCUUUGGGACAUGGUCAGCGGUUUUCCCCUCAUCAGUACUUCGCAAAAUUGAGAGUCAACUGCAGUUUUCCCCAUCAGUAAAUUCUCAAUCUUCUAGUUUGACUGCCUUGAGGACUGCUGAAUCUCCACGACCCACUCAUGGCAUACAUGUCAAUCCAAAAUACUUGGAAGCAAGACGUCAGUUUGAACAUGCAGAUAGCAGUGUUCGACUGCCAAGGGAAACUUCUUCUGCCUUGAAGAUGCAUGGACAAACACCAGCCAUUGGAUAUGACGAAUAUGACUCUGGUACUUCAGAGGUCAUAUCCUCGGAGGUUGGAGUGCAAAGGUUUAACUCAAUGGCUCGUGCAGAUCGUUCGUCAUUUGCCACUGAGGCGGGAAAUCUGCUUCCAUCUUCAGUUGCUAAAACCGCGCAGUCCUCUUCUUCUUACGGAAUCGGAGUGACAGGCAGAGAUGAGGAGGUGAAUUACUUGCGGAGGAAUCAUGGGUCUGAUAACACUCGUCGGCCAUGGGGAAAUUCUGCUGGAUAUAGUUACAGUAAUGGGGUUGAGCUUCAAGGACCUAGAGCUCUAAUUGAUGCUUAUGGAAAUGAUCAAGUGGAAAAAAAAAUUAACCAAAUUAACCAUAAGCCUCCAAAAGUUGAACGCUUGGAUAUAAAUGGCAUUGACAGCAAGGUGGCUACGAAGACAUGGAAGAAUUCUGAAGAGGAAGAGUUUGAUUGGGAAGAUAUGAGCCCAACUUUGGUAGACCGCAGUCGGGCUAAUGAUUUAUUCUCAUCAUCGGGUCCACCUCCUGGAAAUUUUAGGAAUAAACGUGGCUUUGGAGCUCAUGUUGCUGCACCUUUGGAGACUGAUUUCAGAAGAAGUGACUGGCCUAAUCAGGCCCAACUUGCUUUGACUAAUGAUUCCUUGGUUAUUCCUGAAGAUGCAAUUCCAUCGAAGGAUGUAUUUCUGUCUGUCAGUUCUGGCCAUGGAUUGAUCACCAAUAUUUCUGGAAUCCGCAAUGAGACAUCACAGAUUCUAGGUUCUGGUUAUCCUCAACAACCCUGGAAAUUGCAACGGAAUUUCCCUCAGACUUCACAACACAAUUUUAAUGCCAAAAGAAGUUCAAUGAAAAGGGACAUUUCUUCAUCAGUGGGUGAGCAGAAGCCUCCUUUGAUUGGCAGUUUUCCAAAAGCAGAUCCACGACUACGUGGGUCUUCAGCUGUUGUACCAAGAAUAAGUUCAAGUCUUGACUCUUUGACUCCUGAGGUUCGGGCCGCUGCUAUGCCAGCAUCAACAGGAGCAUGGCCCUCUGUAAAUAUUCAGAUAUCCCAUCCACUCCCUUUUCAACCUACUCUUCCCCCAGAGAAACAGAUUAGGGGUCAGUGUGAUUCAAUGUAUGCUACCAAUGCAGUUUUGGAUCAAGGUCUAAAUAAGUCAUUUUUGCCUGAGCAGCAGUUGGAUGGUAGUGGAAGCAAUGUGUUAAGUAAGCUGCCUCAAUUUCUAAACCAACAGCCUGGGCCAAUCCCUUUGAAUCGGCAGAGCCCAGCACAGUUCUCUCAUUUACCGCCACACUUAUUAAUGUCUCGGGAGGUUCACCAAAAUUUGGUUCCACCUGCUGCUUUUUCAACCACUUCUCAUUUAGCGGUACCGCAGUUUAAUAAUAGUUACACCCUGCCAGGGAAUGGUGCUUCCAGAAGUAAUGUAUUACCGAAUCCAAUUCAUGGUGUACAAUCGUCUAUGCCAAUGCUUAAUACUCCGAACACAUCCUUACAUUUUCCUGGGGGAGCCUUACCACCUCUGCCUCCAGGCCCCCCUCCGACUUCAUCUCAUAUGAUACCUAUAUCCCAUUAUCCAAAUCCCAUUGCCCCUAACCCUCCUGCUGGGAUUGCACUUUCAGGUUUGGUUAGUUCUCUCAUGGCCCAAGGUUUAAUUUCAUUGACAAAACAAGCUCCUGCUCAGGAUUCUGUGGGACUCGAGUUUGAUCUGGACCUCCUUAAGGUGCGUCACGAGUCUGCAAUAACUGCUCUAUAUGCUGAUCUUCCCAGACAAUGCACAACAUGUGGGCUUCGAUUCAAAUGUCAAGAGGAACACAGUAGUCAUAUGGAUUGGCAUGUGACCAAGAACCGGAUGUCAAAAAACCGUAAGCAGAAGCCAUCGCGUAAGUGGUUUGUAAGUGUCAGUAUGUGGCUCAGGGGUGCAGAGGCAUUGGGAACUGAUGCAGUUCCCGGGUUUUUACCCCCUGAAAACAUUGACGAAAGCAAGGAUGAUGAAGAAAUGGCUGUACCUGCUGAUGAGAAUCAAAAUGUUUGUGCACUUUGUGGAGAGCCUUUUGAUGAUUUUUAUAGUGAUGAGACUGAAGAAUGGAUGUAUAGGGGGGCUGUCUACAUGAAUGCACCCACUGGAUCAGCAGCAGGGAUGGAUAGGUCUCAGUUAGGUCCUAUAGUGCAUGCUAAAUGCAGGUCUGAUUCUAGUGCGGUUUCCCCUGAAGAUCUGGGCAAAGACGAAGGGGUAUGCAUUUCUUUUGCUUCUAUGAUCAUUUUGUAA